AUGCAGAGAAUCAGCUGCCUCCUCACGGGAUUUGUCUUAAUCCUUGGUGUGACCAGCACUGAGCGUUUUGCCCGGUCAGGCCGCAGGGUGUGCUCUGCAGAGAUGCAGAACGGAGCCGCUUCCUAUGUGGAGUCCCACGUGCAGCCUGUCUACCAGCCCUACCUCACAACGUGCCAGGGACACCGGCUCUGCAGUACGUACAGAACCACAUACAAGGUUGCCUAUCGCCUGGCCUACAGGAGAUUUUCCCAGCCCAUCUAUAUGUGCUGCCCCGGAUGGAGACGGGCAAACGUCCACGCAGUCGGAUGCAGCAAAGCCAUUUGCAGGUUGCCUUGUCAAAACGGUGGGAGCUGUUCAGCCCCAGACAGAUGCACCUGCCCCCCAGGAUGGAUGGGGAAAUCCUGCCAGACAGACGUGGAUGAAUGCACUGGCCCGAGCCACGGCUGCAGCCAGCAUUGUGUCAACACGCCUGGGAGCUACGGCUGUGCCUGUCGGGCUGGGCAAAGGCUCUCCGCCGAUGGGAAAUCAUGCCAGGCUUCGGAACCACCCACUGAGACAGAGGCCUCCCCCGCCCUCAACCGAUCAGGCGCCUCCAGUGAAAUGAAGGAAGAAAUGCAAGCCCUCCGGAGCCGGGUGGAAGUGCUGGAGCAGAAACUCCAGUUACUGUUGGCUCCAUUCCAUAACCUCAUGCCAUCGGCAGCAGAUGACGUCAGCACAGACCCCAUCAGCCAGCUGUUCUACUCCCUGCGGCAGCUGGAUAGAAUCGAGUCCCUGAGUGAGCAGAUCUCCUUCCUGGAGGAGCGACUGGAGACAUGUUCGUGUAAGAAUGAACGCUAA